CAUUUUCCCUACUAAUUUGUUCUUCACCACCCAUGAUCCCAAAAUUUUUGGGUGCAUGGUCUUUGUUUGGAACACUACACCUACUCAUCUUAAAUUUGAUUUAAGGUCAGUAAAAUGUGUCUUGCUCGGAUAUUCUGCUUAUCGGUGUCUUAAUCCUAUCACAAAUAAACUCUAUGUGAGUGUCGAUGUCUCAUUCUUUGAAAGCGUCCCUUACUUUCCGAUCACUGCCUCAUGUGAGUGGAAGUUAGAUUUCUUGGACAUUGUUAUUUAUCCGACUCCUAUAGAUAUUUUUCCAACCACUAUAUCCAAGGAGCCCUCUCUCUCUCUGGAUCCGCCACCUCUCAGACAACCGGAAUCUCCUCCCAUCAUUUGUAUCUAUACUCGACACACUCGUUAUGAUGUUCCUACUCUGAAACUCGCUAACUCUUUACAGGAAUUGGAAUCCACUACGGGCUUCAUCCCCAUCACUAACCAUAUUCCAGAUGGGAAGAUCGUCACCUUCAUCCACUAUUGAGGCAACAUUAGCAGAAAGCUCCUGGAGAACUGUUGUUUUGGAUGAAAUGAAUGCUCUUCAACGAAAUCAUAUGAGGGAUGUUGUGGAUCUUUCUCCAGGUAAGAAAGCAGUGGGGUGCCACUAGAUUUUUAGCACCAAGUUGAACUCCCUUGAAUUCUUUGAACGCAACAAGGCACGGUUGGUCGUCAAAUAUUGCUCACAAACAUACAAAG